CACAGUACGGGAGGGCGGAUCAUCAUCGUGGUGGCAGCUACACUCGGAGACUCCCGACAAAACUGUCAAAAAUAUUCAGCAAACGAACCAUGGCAGAGCUGGACCUGAGCCUGAGCGAUGCUCUGAUGGACAGUGUGCCCCAGGCUGGCCCGGAGGACCUGGUGGAGAGGGACUUUGUGGCCCAGCUGGAGGCCGAGGCCUUUGACGACCAGGUGGGCGAGACUGUGGGCAAGACGGACUACAUCCCCCUGCUGGACAAUGACGGGAACAGGGCAGAUGCCGACUCUGUGUUGGAGAAUGGCGAGCAGGACGCCCAAGGGGCACAAAAACCUGUUACUGCAGGUUCUAAAGUGACAACUGGGGGACAGACAGCAGCGUCACGCCCAGAACCACAGGGGGAAGUGCGUCCCAAUUCGUCAGAGCAGCAAGUCUUUGCAGCCCUCUCAGGCUCCAUGGCAGGCUUCCCUGAUCAUUGGAGCUCCCAGCCCAACAACCCGCCCCAGAUGAUGGACAGUGGACUGAUGGGAGAUUCUUCAGGUUUCUCCCAGCCUGCUAUGGGGACGGAGAUGGGGAUAGCUCCACUAUCGACAGAGAGGCCUCCCAGCAUCGCAGAGCCCCAGAAGCCCCCACCUCAGGCAGCCAACACACCCAAGGACAUGUCUGCAGGUGCCCUGGGCGACGGCUGGCCAGACGAGGCUUGCAUUCCCACCGACCUGCCAUUCACCCAAAGCGUCUCCACAGUGAUCAGUCGCCAUGCCAGCCACCUGGCGGCCAGCCCCGAGGACCGCCCUGACUCUGGCUGGCCCCUCCGAGAGGCUUCGGCGGUGGGGGAGGAGAGGGAAAGCAACGAAGGAAACGACCGCAAACAACAGCAGAAGAAGAAGAAGAAAAGAAGGCCCCGGGAUGAUGUGUACGACCUGGUAGAGAACAGGGACCACCCGGAGGCUCAGACUGAAAACACACCCCUGUCAGAGGGCCACCACAGGGUCUCCCCCCGCAAGGACAGAGACAGGAUGGAUGGAGGCUGGGAGCGCGAAGAGCCAGGGAGAAGUGGAGGCAGGGGAAAGAGGGGCAAGAGCAGGAAGAAGCUUCCAGAAGAGUGGGGAGUCACAGCUGAGCCCUUCGUGCCCUCUUCUGCCUCCUCUGCCAAUGACCUCCCUGAAGGGGUGUUAGAUCAACUAGUGCCCCCCAUCACCCAUUCCCAGCCCCUGGAGAACCCCUACUCCAACAUGGGGCUGAGUCCUGCCAGUGAGGAGUUCUACGGGGGCCUCUUCCCUCCAUCUCUCACCCAGGACCUGCUCUCUCUCACAGCUCCCACCCCUCCACCGGCCCUGGGCUGUGAGCUCCUGCCUACCGCCCCUGUCUUCAUGCCCACCAGUCAGGGAGACUUCUCGCCCAAGAACACCUUCCCCAUGGCCUCACGUCCAGGAGACCCAUUCACUGCUAGCUACCAAGACCUGCUCAUGGAUACAGAGAACGCUAGCAUGGGCAAUGCCAAAGAGGCUUUCUCCACAACCUUUCCCCUAGAUUCCCCAGUUCAUGAGUCGGGUGUCAAGGUGGUGUUUGAUCAUGACACCCCCUUGCACGAUGUCCAUAUGAAAAAUGCCUUAAGUUUAAGCCUCACCCGCCAGCCAGAUCGUGGCCUGCCCCCAUUGGAGAAGUUCAGUGAGCUCACAGCGACCGCUCCCCCUUUCUCCCCAUCCGACAGCUCCUGGCUCAUCAACGACUCCAACUUCAACAACGACUCCUUUGAGUUCAGUGACAUCACUCCAGGGCGCCCACUACCUCUUGGCCUAGCCUUCGACACACCCAGCCCAGCCCCCCUCCGCUCCCCCAAAACCAUACCCGAAUAUCACCCCAGGGAGGGCAAAUCCCCAUCACAGAAUAUACCCACGAAGUCCCCCUCCUCCACUUCCACCAAAAGCCCCACCUCCCCGGGGUCUGGUCUGAACCCCGCUGCCAAGCCCUUCUUCCCCAGCUUUGCCGAACUCACGGAGCCCCUGGUGGUGGUGGCCCCCAUUUCUGAAGUCAAAUCAGAGAAGAUGGACAAACCAGAGAAAGAGGAGACGAUGGACCACUUUGAGAAGUUGGACCAAUUUGACAUGUUGGAUAAGCUCGAUAAAGUGGAGAAGAAGGAUUCGACUGGGAAGACUGAGGCGUCAGUGAAGGUGGCGUAUGCAGGACCACUGGACAAAGGAGAGGAGAUGGGUCAAAUGGACAGGGCAGAGAAAACGGAGACGCUGGAGCCGGCAGAAAAGGUAGACAAAGAAGAAAAACCAGAGAAGGUGGAUAAAAUGGAUAAGGGCGACAACACAGACAAGGUAGAGAAAACUGACAAAGUAGAGAAGAUGGACAAGGUUGAAAAGCCUGAGGAGACUGAACAGAAUAUUGAAAAAAUGGAGAAGACCCCAGAGAAACCGGAGACAGAGGUAAAGUUGGACACAUUUGACAAGAUGGAAACACAGCCUGGCAAGAUGGAAACACAGCCUGGCAAGAUGGAAACACAGCCUGGCAAGAUGGAAACACAGCCUGGCAAGAUGGAAACACAGCCUGGCAAAAUGGAAACACAGCCUGGCAAGAAAGAAACACAGCCUGGCAAGAAGGAAACACAGCAUGACAAGAUGGAAACACAGCCUGACAAGAUGGAAACACAGCCUGACAAGAUGGAAACACAGCCUGACAAGAUGGAAACACAGCCUGACAAGAUGGAAACACAGCCUGACAAGAUGGAAACACAGCCUGACAAGGAGAAGACAGAUCAUGUUGGAAAGGUAACAGUAACAGGUGAGAAAGAAACAGAAAAUGUUGAGAAGCCCAAAGACAACGUUGGGAAGGAGGAUAAGAAGCCAGAGAAAACAGAGCUGGCUCAGAAAUUAAACAAGCAGGUUAAGGUGGAGAAAUCGGAGAAAAAAGAGCUGAAAAGUCCGGAGAAAAAGAUGGACAAGAAAUCAGAGACCAUUGAUAAGGCCAAAAAACCUGCAAGUAAACCCUCGACCAAUGGGAGCAGUGCCGCACCAAGCAAGGACCUGCCCAGUCCAGACAAGAAGACCAAGCCUGUUGCCGGGGCAACCAAACUGAGCGCCGCUAAGCCGCGGCCGAGCUCGGCAGCAUCCGCUGGUGCUGCCGCCCCCAAACGCCCCACCCCUUCCUCCACCUCCACCUCAGCCACCCUCCUCAACAAAAAAACGCCCGUGCCCAAGGCCCUUACCCCCACUGCUGGCCCCAAGCGGCCUUCGUCCACAGUCAGCCGACCCACAUCCGCAGCCACCGCCUCCACCACUGCGCCACGUGAGGUCAAGCCCAAGACGACCACAGAGAGGCGUCCUCUAGUGCCAAAGGCCACCGCCGCCUCCACGGCUCGAAUUGCUGCCCCCAAAAACGGCACUGCCACCACGGCGACCACGGCAACCAGUAAACCAGCCACGGCGACCCGCACGCCCCUUGCAUCCCGCACUGCCGGCAGCGCACCUGCAACCAGACGCCCACAGGCAUCAAAGACUGACAGCAAGCCAGGAGAGGACAAGAAGCCCAGCACUCUGAAGUCAACAACAGCAGACUCCACCCGGCCCCGGACCAGCACCACCCGCAGCUCUAUAGCUAGCACCACCAGCGCCACCCCCCGUGUCCGCCCCUCCACCACCAAACCUGCCCCCUCCUCCUCCUCCACAGUAUCAGAGAAGAAGACGACUGUGCCCCGCGUCCCCCGUCCCACCACCACCAGCACCACCACGGGCAGUGCCAACGCCACGCGUACCACCUCCCGCCCAGGCACAGCCCCUGCACCAGACAUUCGCAAUGUGCGCUCCAAGAUCGGCUCCACGGACAACAUGAAGUACCAGCCCGGAGGGGGGAAGGUCUCUGGCAGGAGCGACGCCCUGGCCAAAGGCUCCUCCUCCAAAGAGACCAGCGAGGCCAAAGUUCAGAUAGUCUCCAAAAAGCUGGACUUCAGCCACGUCACCUCACGCUUGGGUUCCAAGGACAAUAUCAAGCAUGUUCCUGGUGGAGGGAAGGUACAGAUACUCAACAAGAAGGUGGAUCUAAGCAAAGUGACAUCGAAGUGUGGCUCCAAGGCCAACAUCAAGCACAAGCCUGGGGGCGGCGAUGUGAAGAUCGAGUCCCAGAAAGUGAACAACAAGGAUCAGGCUAAGUCCAAAGUGGGCUCAAUGGACAACCUCUGUCACGAGCCCGGCGGUGGUAACAUCAAGGCUGAGGGAGCCGAGGAGACGGCAGAGGAAAAUGGGGCUCCCUCCAGUGAUGCCUCAGCCAAGGUGCCAGGGCAGGCAAGCAGCCCCGCCCAGGAGAAUGGGGUGAAGGAGGGUGCCCCCUGCGGAAGCCAGGGCAUCCAUGACCCCCAGGGCUUUGACUCGCGCAUCCCUGAGACAAGCUUCUAAUUCUUCUUUGUGCUAUCCAUCUACCCUCUUCAUAUUAACCCCCUCAACAUCUCCUAUGUCCCCCACUCCUCUCUCCUUCUCUCCUCUUUCCCAUUCUUUCUGUCCCAUUUACACACUUCCUGCUGCAGAUUGAGUCUUUGAAGCUCAACUUCCGCGAGAAUGCCCGCUCUCGCACGGACCACGGCGCCGACAUCAUAACCUGGCCAGCCCUGGGAGA